GUUGGGAACUAGACCAGCGCGGGCGCAUGCGACUUAAGUCGUGUCAUAACCUCGAAUUCGGCGUUUAACGUUCGUUUGUUUAUACACCACCCGCUUCGAUAUUAUGUUAAAGUGGCCGCGUGACCAUUGCCGGUCGCCCGCGUGACGCUCUGACAUUUUUUCGCAUUUUCCGGAUCUUCUUUUUUGUUUUUUUCCGCGAAGGGGACAGAAGCAACGGGGGGAAAAUGUUUGCCGACAUCGGAAAGCCUCGGGCGAUCGUUUUUCAACUGACCGCGGCGACGGUGGUCGCACAUUUGAUGCUUGUCCACGUCGUGUACGCUGCUCCAUCUAUCGAGGCCUGCCCGAACGACAGCAUUUUGUCGAACGACGAGUGCGUCUGUAAUGCAGACGCCUGUCAAAAACCACCCUGUCUCGGCGAACUAGUUGUAGCCCGGAACGGGAGCCUCUCUCCGGGAUCCUGCUGCCCCGUCUAUUCCUGCGAGGGUUGUAAAAACGACACCCUCAUCAACGGAAAAUGUCCCUGCGUACCAAACGCUGUGCUUAACGACAAGGGCGAAUGCGAGUGUAUCGACAAGGAGCAACAUAUCGUCGAAGGACAGUGCCUAUGCAACCCCAGACAGUGCGAGCUGCCUCAAAUUUGUGACCGAAAAUCUGUACUCGUAACACUCGAAGAGGGCUGCUGCAGAAAGACCACGUGUAUCCCGUGUCCAGAAGACAGCGAGUCGACCAACCUGGAAAGUGAUGACCUGGAAGAUCAUUGCGUGUGUUUGCCGUGCGCACCUCCUGAGUGCGGCUUUAAUAAAACCGUGGUCAUUAAGAAGCGUCGCACCGGCUUCCCGGGAAACUGUUGCGAUCUGUACGAAUGCAAACCGAUGGAGGCUAAAGAGAAGGACUGUACGGUGGACGACAUCAUCUACGCGGACGGCGACGAGUGGUCCACCAGCUACAACCAGAAGUGCGUGUGCCAGAACGGUCUUUCGUUGUGCAGCAAAAAAGUCGAGGUAGAGGAGGUGGUUGCCUUCAGUUGUUUGAGGGAAGGUAACCUGUACAAACACGGCCAGUCGUGGAUACUCGACGACGGCUGCACCAACUGCACGUGCCUUAACGGCGAGGAAAAAUGCAUCUCGCACUAUUGCGAUUUCAAAGAGCGGCAGAUCCCGGAAAACGCCACCGUCGGCUCAAGCGGUGCAUGUUUCCAGGAGAACACCAUGUACGACCAUCAGCAGACCUGGACCGCUGCGGACGGGUGUACUGUUUGCACGUGCCUCGACGGCGAGGAGCAGUGCGAUUCGAUCAAAUGUGUUGACAAGGACGCGUGUCAGUCGAUGGCAGGGUGCGACAAGAAUUGCCCGAACGGGUUCAGGACGAACAGGAAGGGCUGCAGGAUGUGCAAAUGCAACCCGGCCAAAGUCAGCCCAGAGAUAUUGAGCAAGUACAACAUAACGGUUGACGAUUUGAUUAAAAUUCUCGAGGAUUAUAAGCAUAGCAAAACGACUACGACAACUUCGACUACGACCACUACUACGAUCGCGCCUAGUGUCGCGUUGGUUCCUAGGGUUCGCCACGCGGAAUCUACGACCACGGAACCAUCGAUCACUCCGGCGAAAAACGAACAAGGCUGGCUGAAUUAUAUGGUGAUAGGCCUAGCGUUGACAUCGAUCUUGAUCCUGCUGCUGCUGGUCCGCUGGUACUGUACCAGCAAGCGGAAAAACAGCAUGGACGUUACCCCGUCGAGAGGCAGCUACCGCAACGUCAGCCCUAUACCGGACAACAACAACUCCAUCAAGGAGAAGUACCCAAUGUGAGACGACGAUGAAACAUUUCCUUUAAUUUUGUGAUAUUUGCGUUGGCGUUCUGAUUUAUUGGACAUACAGGGUGCGCGUUUCUGAAUGGCUUGACGGACGUCGCGAUGCCUUUACCGCCCUAGCCAUAUUGUUACGUUUAGUAAGAGAAUGUUAAUUAGUGUUAGGCUUGUGUACAUAUUCAGUUAUUUAUUUUUGAUAUGUUGUUUUUUUUGUCGCCUCGGUCGAGGUGGCGGCUAGUUAAACAUUGAGCUGACUCUAAACGAUCCUAUUGGUAGACACAAUGUCAUGAAUUUUGUGCACGCGCUUCGCUAAGCAACAAAAAAUUGAUAAAAACAUGACAUUAGUUAAAAAAAAAAUCGGAAAAACUAAACUAUUCGAUCUCAAAAUUUUCUGCAUAGUAUUACGGGGAAAAUGUUUUGGUUGGGUAAAGAGGCAGUGCGGGGCGUGGCCAACACGCUCCGCAUCGCCGACGCUGCGGCGACGUGUAUAUUUAUUUUAGUUUAACGUUUUUAAGUUGCCUAAUUGUGAUAAGUAUUUUCUCGUAGGUUUAAAUAUAUUUAUAGGGGACAAAUUAGCUAGCUUGAUCGCCAUUUAACGAACCGUAAGGUGACAGUUUUUUAAUCUUGAUGUCUGUGAUAAGGCAUUUGGAGCAACGAUUAAAUGGGUACUUACGGCGCUUUCCGUUGAUAUAUAGCGUUAAGAGAUUUGUAUAUACCUAUUUAGGUAGCUGUGUAAAGAUUAACAAUUGUUCCUAUCAUUGAGACUUUUCGCUGUAAUAAAUUCAAAAUUUUGCCAAACACCGUCGUGCUUUUUCAGCCUUGUAUUCAGUAUUUAACAGUAUUCCUUCAGCCUCCCGUUCGUACUAUUAUUUAUAAUAAACUGCAAGCACUCUGUAAAACAUUAUCAUACUGUAUAAGGUAUACGCUAUGUAGGCACAUGUAGUAGAUGUAAAUAGAUAUGUUAGUUCAGCACUUAUUUAUAAAAACCAGUUUAGACCAAUAAAAUAGAGUUAGAUCGCGUUGUUUUUGUUUUCCAGUUUAUGACAUGUAUUUACA